AUGUUAUCAUUCAGCUUCCUGCCCAGUUUCCUACUGGGUCCAUGCCUCGCACUGGCCCAGUCGGCGACAUCAACACCUGCCUCUCAAGCUUCAUCAGCAACAUCGUUCGCCCCUCAAUUCACCGUACCGUCAGAAGCAGACGAAGGUGCCACUCUCCUGCCGAACAUAAACGACGAGGAUGCUCCUAAUGCCCAAGACCGCUGUCCUGGCUACACGGCAAGCGAUGUCAAGACCUCAGCCACAGGAUUGACGGCACAGCUCUCGCUCGCAGGUCCAGCAUGCAAUGUCUACGGGACCGAUAUCGAGAAUUUGGUGCUGACGGUAGAGUAUCAGACGGACUCCCGACUUCAUGUCAAUAUCCAACCGGCAGAGAUCACCCCUCAGAAUGAGAGUUGGUACAUCCUGUCGACGGACUACGUGCCUGCGGGAUCUCAAGAGGAUGGGCAGAUGACGACCAGUGAUCUGACAUUUUCGUGGGAUCACUCUGAAGAAUCUGGAUUUGGUUUCAACGUCACACGUAACAGUACCGGUGAUGUCCUUUUCUCCACAACGGGCACGAAGCUCGUAUAUGAGAACCAGUUCAUCGAGAUUGUCACCCAGCAAGACGAAGGAUACAACCUGUAUGGUCUCGGUGAAGUCAUCCAUGGUCUGAGACUAGGCAACAAUCUGACCCGCACACUCUACGCCGCCGACGUUGGCGAUCCAAUCGAUGAGAACCUCUACGGCAGCCAUCCGUUCUACCUGCAGACUAAAUACUUCAAACGCGGCGACGACAAUACCAUAACACUGGUCACCGACGAAGUAGAUUCAGAUGAAGUCUCUGGCAACUACACCUCGACCACCCACGGCGUAUAUUUCCGCAGCGCACACGCAAUGGAAGUCCUCCUGCGAUCCAACAACGUGACCUGGCGGACCCUCGGCGGCAGCAUCGACCUGUAUUUCUUCUCGGGCCCGACCCAGCCUCAAGUCACACAGCAGUACCAACAAGUCAUCGGCCUCCCCGCCUUGCAGAGCUACUGGGGCUUUGGCUUCCACCAGUGCCGAUGGGGCUACCAGAACUGGAGCGUCACGGAAGAUGUGGUGGACACGUAUCGCAAAUUCGGCAUCCCGCUGGAGACCAUCUGGAACGACAUUGACUACAUGAAUCAGUACCGUGAUUUUGAGAAUGAUCAAGUAAGGUUCGGUUACGACGAGGGCGCCGAUUUCCUGAAUAGACUGCACGACAACGGCAUGCAUUACAUCCCGAUCGUGGACAGUGCGAUCUAUGCCCCGAACCCGGAGAACGCGAGUGAUGCGUAUCCGACGUUCGAUAACGGGAGGGAUUCGAACUCGUUGCUCUUGAAUCCCGAUGGCUCGAUCUACUACGGCGCCGUCUGGCCCGGCUAUACCGUGUUUGCGGAUUUCCUCGAGAACUCAACACACACAUGGUGGAAGAAUGAAAUCGUGGCGUACUACCAGAAGAUCCCCGUCGACGGCAUCUGGAUCGACAUGAGCGAAGUCAGCUCCUUUUGUGUCGGCAGCUGCGGCACGGGGAAUUUGACGCUGAACCCUGUCCAUCCCCCGUUCAAGCUGCCCGGAGAGCCGGGAAAUGUCCUCUACGAAUAUCCGGAGGGGUUCAACCUGACGAACGCGACCGAAGCUGCAGCUGCAUCGUCUUCCUCGCAAUCACAGGCCGAUGCGUCCUCGACGACAGCAUCUUCAAGCGCAGCGGCCACCUCGAGUUCCUCGACCAGCUACCUCCGCACAACACCCACGCCCGGCGUCCGCAACGUCAACCACCCGCCCUACGUGAUCAACCACGUCCAAGGCGACCUGGCCGUCCACGCAGUGUCCCCCAACGCCACGCACGUGAACGGGAUCCUCGAAUACGACAUCCACAAUCUCUACGGCCAUCAAAUCCUGCAAUCCACCUACGCGGCGCUCGCGGCGGCCAUGCCCGACAAACGGCCCUUUGUGAUCGGACGCUCGACAUUUCCCGGCUCCGGCACCGUCGCAGGCCACUGGGGCGGCGACAACGCAUCCAAGUUCUACUACAUGUACUUCUCGAUCCCGCAGGCCCUGAGCUUCUCGCUGUUUGGCAUCCCGCUCGUCGGCGUCGACACCUGCGGCUUCAACGGCCAGUCGUCCGAGGAGCUCUGCAACCGCUGGAUGCAGCUGUCUGCGUUCUUCCCGUUCUAUCGCAACCACAACACCCUGUCGGCGAAUUCCCAAGAGGCCUAUGUCUGGGCCAGCGUCAUUGACGCCGCCAAGACGGCCAUGGACGUCCGCUUCCAGCUGCUGCCGUACCUGUACACGCUGUUCUACAACGCGCACACCAACGGCGAGACGGUGAUGCGCGCCCUGGCGUGGGAGUUCCCGCACGACCCGUCUCUCGCGGCCGCGGACCGCCAGUUCUUCCUCGGCCCAUCGAUCCUCGUCACGCCGGUCCUCACACAGGGCGCCACGAGCGUAGACGGCGUGUUCCCGGGCCUCUUCGAGGGCAUGGAAGUGUACUACGACUGGUACAACAAAUCGGCAAUCGCGGCGCCCGCCACCAAGAACACCACCAUCGAUGCCCCGCUAGGCCAUAUCCCUGUGUACAUCCGCGGCGGCGCGAUCCUCGCCACGCAGGGCAUGGCGCUGACGACGCGAGAUGCGCGCCAGGGUGCCUGGUCCGUAAUCGUCGCGCCGGACGUCGACGGCCAGGCUGUCGGGAACUUGUAUCUCGACGACGGCGAGUCGGUGGCUCCCAACGCGACGAAAUCCGUCACGUUAACUUCGUUCGGUAGCGGCCUGCUCAGCGUCACCGUUGACGGCGCUUACGACGGCUUGGAUCUGCCGUUGGCGAAUGUUACAUUCUUGGGCGUCCGCGAGAAACCGGCGGAUCUGGCCGUCAAGAUUAACGGCGUGGUUGUGGGCGAGAGUGUCUUUGAUGAAAAGUCUGGCACUUUGUCUGUUACUGGUUUGGAAGGUGCGCUGGGUGGGAAGGUCUGGGGUGGGAGUUGGAAUUUGUCGUUAUGA